AUGGCGUACCGCGAGCUGCUGCGGUGCUGGCACGCCGGCGUGCAGGCGGCCGAGGCGGGUGACUGGCAGGCCGCGCUGAGCAGCUUCGGCAGCCUGGAGGACCCACCGUCGCGCAUCUGCUUCAACGUGGGCUGCGUGCACCUGCAGUGGGGCCACCUGCCGCCUGCCCUGCAGGCAUUCAAUAAAACAGUUGCUAAGGACAACUCUCUAGCUGUUGGCUUCUUUCAGAGAGGGUUUGUCCAUCUGCAGUUAAAAAUGUACGAAGAAGCUCUCUCUGAUUAUCAUAUGGCUUUCACCCAUCUAAGAAAGAAUCCAUUCAUUGAUUACAAGCAGCUGGGGCUGAGAUAUGUGCUUAAUGCAUGGGAGGUGCUGUACAGCACUGCAGCAGCGCAGUGCCGGCUCGGGCAGUGGCAGGAAGCUAAGGCCACCUUAGAAAAGGCUGUGGUGUGGACACCCGAAGGAAGAACAGCAAUCCUGGACCAGGCCCUUGAACAGGUGCAGGAGCGUAUGUUUUUAGAGCCCAUGCAGGUUCCACCUGGGGAAUUUUUCAGACCACGAAAGAGGGAAAUUGAAGAGCUGGAUUCAAAAGAUUUCCUGGGUAAACCUAAGGUGAUCUCCUCCAUCAUUCCCAAUGAUGAAUACAUUGGCUUCGAGCCUCUUAGGCCUCAGAAACAAGGCUUUUAUGAGCCCAGUGCUGAUGCUUUGCGAGACCGUGAAUCAGGCUACUAUCGAAUUUUGUCCCAUUUUUAUCCUGAGGACUCAGAAAAGUUGGCAGUGAAAGCAAACAGUUUGGUCUUUGUGCUGAGUAGAGGAGCAAAUGGCUGGGCUACAGCCAUACAUGAUGGACAGAAGCUGCAUAUACCAGCCUCUCUACUGGAGCUUGUUCCUGCCCCAAAGAUGGAUGAAUUGAAUGUCAACAAUGGGAUUCCUCUCCCUCCUGCUAAGGUGCCUCCCAGCCGAAUCCCUGGGAAACAAAAACCAGAAUCUCCUGAUGGAGAAAAUGCCUCUGCAAAUGCUGAUGUUUCCCAAAUGGACUUUAAGAUCCCACUGACACCGGAAGAAGCAUUGUCCAGCACAGACAGACCCACUGUACUGAGAGUCCGCUGUGACUGCACCAUAGCGCUGAGAGCAGGCGAGGUGCCAUCUCUGUCAGACCUGCGGGCUCUGCUGAGGGAGAAGUUCAGCCAGCAAGCAGAGCAAGGGAUGUUGAGCUGCAGGCAUUCAGACAGCAAAGAACUGGUUGCAGUUUUGGGAGAGGAAGAUCUGGGGAAGAGAUGGCAACAAUUGGCAGAUGGCAGGCUGACACUCUGGUGCGAGGGCUUGGAUUCCCACUCAGGCAGACCGGUCCUCUACAGGAUGCUGGCUCAGCACCAUUACCUGGCGCAGGGGCCAGGCGACCUGGAGUUCAGCAAAGGAGACACCCUGGACAUCCUUUCCGAAGUGAAUAAUGACUGGCUUGAAGGACACUGCAAUGGCAAGACUGGCAUCUUCCCGAAAUGCUUUGCAAUUCAAUCUGGCUAUGAUACUACAUCCCUAUAGGCAACAGGGACCUAUUCCCGACGGACUACGCAGAGAGCCCACUGCCAUCAGUCCCAUCUCCCAUGAGUCAGAGACAACAGUACCAGCUCUUUCAGACCACAGCCAGGCCAUCAAGAUGCUCUCAUGAAGCUGACUACUCUAGAUAGGAGAUGUCCCACAGCUAUGGAUCCCACGGGGUCAGGUGCAGCCAUCUGGCAGCAUUUUCUACAGCCUGUCCCAAGACUUGUCAUUUUUACCUCUAUUCUUACAAUGCCAAAAAUAUGAUUGUCUGGGUCAGAGAGAAGAUUGGAGGAUUUGGUAUUUGGCUACAUGAAAUGCCCAUAUAACAACCAGAGGAGCAUACCUAGGCUUCAAGAGCUCAGACUAACGGGUGUGAAAAGGCUCUUCUAAAUGAAGGAAUUUAUGAAUUCUCCCUCUGCUGCUGAAAUCUGGGUUGGGGAAACCGAGUCUUGUUGUAUAGCUAUUUGUGAGCAGGAGGCAGAAUCAGUUUCCUGUGUCCAUUUACCACACAUUUUCAUUUGCAUCAGAGGUCAAGCUGCUGCUCUCUUUUUGAAAGCCUUCUGUAACUGGUUCACAGUGGGGUAUUUGGAGUGACAUUGGGGGUUAGGCCCAGCAAGUAUCAGCUGCAUAUACUUGUGGAUCUGCAAGAACACAAAGGGCACUUGCCACUUCAGUGCUCAAGAUGCUUUUUGCUCUUUUUCGAAGUCCUUGAAAAGUCUUGUCUGGAUUUUACUGUACAAUCCCAUACGAGCAGCAGUCUUGCAGCAUGGAGGAGAGGAAGCUGUGGAAACACUCCUG